AUGUUUGUGUCAUUGUUUUGUUCCUCGGCCAUCGGUCCCAGCGUAUCUACCCUGCCGACCCCAGCCCCAACGGUGCAGGCCAUCGGCGACCCUCACCUCGUCAACCUGCAGGGGGAGCACUUCGACAUCAACCACGGGGGCCGCUUUGUGCUGCUGAGGAUUCCCCAGGAUGUCAGCAAGCCCGUGGAGAUUGCCCUGGAGGCCCAAAUACGCCCAGAGCAUGGGAAGCCGUGCACCACGUACAUCACACAGGUGGAGCUAUUUGGAGCGUGGCUUGGCGACCAAUCCCUGCAGGUACGCUCGUACCUGCGGUCGCAUUCAGUUUUGGACGCCGAUGAGUUUCUGGGUAUGCGAGUCGUGAAUCGCAGAUCUGACUCUGAGAAGCCAUGGGAGAACAUCACAGACUGGACCGACGAGGCCGAGGUGGUCUUCGGCGACGCGGGGAACUCGGACUUCCGGCUGACGCUGACCACUACGCACUGGCACUCCAGGAAGCGCGAGAGGAGAGGAUCGCCGACCGUGGGCGGCCAGUUCUUGGUCCGCCUGACGAACGUGUGGCACAACGAGUCGGCAGAAGUCAGAAUCCGCCAGGACCUGCCCACUCAGGAACACCUGAACGUGGCCGUGCGGCGUCUGGGCGUGCUGGGCCGCGCGGACAUCGGCGGGCUGCUGGGGUUCGACUCCCACCCUGCAUCUCUGGAGGACUCGAGACGUCACGCCGGAGUGCCAGCGCCACAGGGACGGACUGGACGUCAAGAAGGGUCCCCGUUCGAGACCAGCCUGGCAGACGCGCUGGGAGAAGCUUAA